CCCAGCCGGGAGCGACCCGGAGUCCCAAGCCUCGAGCCCCAGCCGCCGCCAGUUUUAGCUUCAGCCGGUUAGGAAGAGGAGGGAGGGGGCAGAGAGCGCGAAGAGGGAGGGGUCCCGGGCCGAAGGGUCCCGAGUCCAGCACCGUGUUGACGUCGAAAAACUUUCCCUCUCGGCCGCGGAAACGGCGCCCCGGCCGCGUAGGACUGGAGACCGCCCGGCUCCGAGGACGCGGCAGCUCUCCACGCCCCUGCCCGAAGCCUGACCCGGCUGCAUCGGUCCGUAAGUUAUGUGUGAUUCCUUCCGAUAGAGGAGAGAAAGUGAUUGAGGAACUCAAAUGGCAACUGUAUGAUUGAAACUAUUCAAAGUCAAGCGUCUGCAUAUUCUUUCAACUAUAUUCGAGUACUCCCAGGAUAUAAAGUGUGAUUGAACUGAACGUCUGUUUGGCUGAUCAUCAUGAACCGUGCUUUUAGCAGGAAGAAAGACAAAACAUGGAUGCAUACGCCUGAAGCUUUAUCAAAACAUUAUAUUCCGUAUAAUGCAAAGUUUCUUGGCAGUACGGAAGUGGAGCAGCCUAAAGGAACAGAAGUUGUGAGAGAUGCUGUCAGGAAACUCAAGUUUGCAAGACAUAUCAAGAAAUCCGAAGGCCAGAAAAUUCCUAAAGUUGAGCUGCAAAUAUCAAUAUAUGGAGUAAAAAUUCUAGAACUGAAAACAAAGGAAGUCCAACACAAUUGCCAGCUUCAUAGAAUAUCAUUUUGUGCAGAUGACAAAACUGACAAGAGGAUAUUCACUUUCAUAUGCAAAGAUUCUGAGUCAAAUAAACAUUUGUGCUAUGUAUUUGACAGCGAAAAGUGUGCUGAAGAAAUAACUUUAACAAUUGGCCAAGCAUUUGACCUGGCAUACAGGAAAUUUCUAGAAUCUGGAGGAAAAGAUGUUGAAACAAGGAAACAGAUUGCAGGAUUACAGAAAAGAAUUCAAGACUUAGAAACCGAAAAUAUGGAACUUAAAAACAAAGUACAAGAUUUGGAAAGCCAGUUAAGAAUAACCCAAGUAUCAACAUCUCCAGCAGGCAGUGUGACACCUAAGUCACCCUCCACUGACAUCUUUGAUAUGAUACCAUUUUCUCCGAUAUCACACCCAGCUUCGAUGCCUACUCGCAAUGGCACACAGCCACCUCCAAUACCUAGUAGAUCUACUGAGAUUAAACGGGACCUGUUUGGAGCAGAACCUUUUGACCCAUUUAACUGUGGCGCAGGGGAUUUUCCUCCAGAUAUUCAAUCAAAAUUAGAUGAAAUGCAGGAGGGGUUCAAAAUGGGACUAACUCUUGAAGGCACAGUAUUUUGUCUCGACCCAUUAGACAGCAGGUGUUGA